AUGCCUGAUACUGCCAGCUACAAGCAGCAAAAGGAGGACUUCGUGUCCAACCUUUCUGGUGGCUCUGUCGCAGAAAUCAACUAUGUUACAUCCGUUGCAGCUGUAGCUAUUCUACUUUGGUCCGUCCUCCAAGCCCGCCAGUCAUUCUUUGAACCAUACACGGCGUUGGCUUUCGCCGUCGACUUCCUCCUCAAUGUUGGCGCAAUCCUCCUCUCGGUGACCCUCUACUCCAACUCGCCACUUCUGCUCAACCUUCUCCUAAUUGCCCCCGCCAUCCUCGUCUUUACUCUACCACCCCGUUCUAGAAGUCCAAAGAAGAAGGCCAAGAUACCUCCCAAUGCCCGGUCCAACGAGAGCUCUGCGCAGCUGGAUAUCCUUUCAACAAAGCCAUUCCUCACAAACUUCCGUGGCUGCAUGUUGAUUGUCACCUGUGUGGCUAUCCUUGCUGUCGAUUUCCGCCUAUUUCCCAGACGCUUUGCCAAGGUUGAGACAUGGGGUACGUCUCUCAUGGACCUUGGUGUUGGAUCCUUUGUCUUUUCAGCUGGCCUUGUCGCAGCUCGUCCCGUAUUGCGAGAGAAAGCGACAGGUCGCGCUGGCGCUGUAGGCAACGCUUCAUCACUUUCCUCACGUCUCAUACAGUCGUUGCGCCAUUCCAUUCCACUCCUGGUCCUGGGCUUCAUACGGUUCCUGAGUGUUAAGGGCCUGGAUUACGCAGAACAUGUGACAGAAUACGGCGUCCAUUGGAACUUUUUUUUCACACUGGGAUUCUUGCCCCCUUUUGUGGCUAUCUUCCAAUCAGUGCGCAAAUUAAUUCCUUCAUUUGCGGCGCUGUCGUUGUUGGUGGGUGUCACAUAUCAGGUCCUGCUUGAAACCACUAGUCUGAAGGCGUACGUCCUCACGGCGCCCAGGACCGAUCUAAUUAGCAUGAACCGUGAAGGGAUUUUCAGCUUCAUCGGCUACUUGGCCAUCUUCCUUGCCGGACAGGAUACGGGCAUGUUUGUCAUUCCUCGUAAUCUUGUCCCCAAGAGUACUGCUGGUCCUGGAGCUCAACGGAACAAGCUUCUGAAGAUCACGGCCGUAUGGGGUGGAGUCUGGACAGGUCUCUAUGUGUUGUCCACCAACUACCAUUAUGGUUUUGGAUUAGCCGUGUCUCGUCGCAUGGCAAACCUACCCUACGUCUUGUGGGUUGUCGCCUUCAACACCGUACAACUCCUUGGGUUUGCUGUUAUCGACACGAUCUUCUUCCCUACAUUCUACAAUGCGCAGGAUGCGAAAACGGAGAAGGAGGCAUAUACACACGCCACCAGUCGGGUGAUGCGAGCGUACAAUCGCAACGGUCUGGCUGUAUUUUUGUUGGCAAACUUGUUGACUGGGUUGGUCAACAUGACUGUCAACACACUUGAUGCUACUCCCAUCGCUACGAUGGGCAUUCUCGUCGCAUAUAGCGCGACACUGACUGGUGUUGCUGUGGCAUUGGAUGUUUAUAACAUCAGCAUCAAGCUUUAA